AAUAAAAUAAAUCUACCAAAAUUCCAGCAAUUGUUCACAAAACGAAAUCGCCAAUUCCGCCGCUCCUCGCGUAUGUACGAUUAUGCGAACAGCACCAUUCGAACGCGUAGCCAAACCACGGAGCCUGGAACUACUUCCGUCAAUAUAACCACUCCGGAAACGCAGAAAACGAGGAAAAACCAAACAGGAAAAUGGCUCCCUGUCCACAUAGCGCUCAGGCAUUGAAUAGCAGACGAACGAGAGGUAUUCAAUCCUACCGAUGCCGAGUCUGCUGCGGAAUCCAUCCUCUUCGGAAGUGUCAGAUGUUCCUAAAGCUGCGGGCAGUCCUGAUAAACAAGUACUGCGCAAACUGCCUCGCACAUAAGCACUCCACUGGGAGCUGCCGUAGCGGUGUCCGGUGCAAAACGUACGACCGGAACCAUCAUUCGCUGCUCCACAUGCACGAACACGUUUCCCGAAAAAGUCCGCUUCCCAGCAACAGGCAAGAUCCGACAACUAGCCAAACGCUUGCCCCUCCACCGCGCUCAGCAUCCUCGACACCAGCUCCAUCGAUCGCGGCACUUCUCCAGCGCCACAGCGUCAACGUCCUUUCAACUGCCUUGGUGAUCGUCGAGACCGAGGAGAAGAAGUUCGACACCGCCGCUCUCAUCGACCCGUGCACCCCGACAAGCUCCAUCGACUUUGCCUCCGCGUUUUGUUUGUCGACUACCAACAUGGGAGAGGAAAGCAUCUGCACGGCGAAGGUCGACGAGGCGAUCAAGAUGGAGGUGGUCCUCAAGAUCGAGCCGAACGUAUGGAUCCGCACUCCCAUCCCUGCGCUCAGUGAGAGCGUGGUCAAGAAGUUCCGGGCGUUACCACUCGCGGAUGAGCGGUUCCAUCGGCCAGACACCAUCUCCCUGAUCCUUGGCGCGGAAGUCUACCCGAAGGUAAUCCAGCCGGGCUUCCACAUGGUCGACGAGGGAAAGUCAGUAGCCCAGAAGACGGUGUUCGGGUGGAUCCUUUCCGGCGCCUGUACGCAAGCUUGAGGCGUAGACGACUGGAGGGUCUCUGUCCUUCUUUGUGCAGUCUCCCAGUCAUUAAGUCUCCAUUGCGCUCUGGAG